AUGGAGUUUGACACUUCAAACCUCAGCGCCAUCGCCGCAGCAGACAUCCAGCUCAAGACCAUUCUCGCUCUCAUCAGAGAUAUCCUCACAGCCAUAGACCUUCACGCCAUAAACAGAGUACCCGGUUCCCAACGCCUCAAGCACGAUCCACGCUGGCAACAAGUCCUGCAAGAUAUCUCGACCAUAACGACCCAUCUCAGUAACAAUGUCCUGAGGACGGAUCAGCAUAGAAUUCAUAAACUCAAUUAUCUGAUCAGACUCCUACAUUAUAUACUCGUAUUUGAUAGCUGGAUCAGCGAGUCCGACUUCGUGGGUUACAAUAUCAUCAAGACUGGAUAUGGUCGCCACAGCACGAUCCAGGAGGCGUUCAUGACAUUCCGCUUCGAUCGAAAGGUUCCAGCGUCAAAGGCAGUCGAGAGUGCGCUCUCUAUAAGCGAGCUUCGCACCAUUGCUAUCAUCGAUCUGCAUUUCGAGGAAGUGUAUCUCAACGGCGGCUAUCGUUCUGAGUUACCGAAAGAGCUUACUGGGGCGGCGAUACAGCUUGCGCAGGGAAUUGUGGCGUAG